UAUGGUUCUGAUCUAAUGAUGGAGGAAAAAACCCAAGGAGUUUUUUUCCAGCAGAUGUUCCCAAAUGUGGCGCUCCAGUAUGUGGGUAUUCUCAAGUUAUUGCUCUAUUUCAACUGGAGAUGGGUUGGAGUGGUUUAUCUGAAUGAUGUUAAUGGAGAGAGAUUCAUACAGGAAGUGCUUCCCAUGUUCUCCAAGAGUGGCAUUUGCUUUGACAUCAUCCAAAGAUUCCCACUCCUAACUUUUUCUGCAUUUAUUGAUCAAAUGGUGAAGGAGGGACUUGAAACAUUCCUGGGUAUCAUGAAAAGCAGUGCAAAUGUAUUCAUAGUCCAUGGUGAAAUUCAGACCUCCUUUGUCCUGAGAAUGGUGCUUUAUUUGUCAGACUUUGAGAAUAUACCAAUGGUGACAAAGGUCUGGAUUAUGACAGCUCAAAUGGAUUUCACAUCACUCCCCUUUCAAGAUGAUUGGAACUUAGACUUCAUACAUGGUGCUCUAUCACUGGCAGUGCACAGAAAGGAAUUGUUUGGCUUCCAGAACUUUGUUCAGGCCAAAAAUCCUAAAGAAGGAAGAGAAGAUGGCUUCAUCAAAGGUUUUUGGAAACAAGCUUUUAACUGUGUAUUUGCUAUUUCUCUGGUAGAUGAAGAGGAGAGCAAAACCUGCACUGGGGAAGAAAAACUAGACUCUCUUCCUGUACCUGUUUUUGAAACAAGCCUGACCGCUCACAGCUACAGCAUCUAUAAUGCUAUCCAUGCUGUGGCCCAUGCUCUACAUGAUAUGCAUUCAAGCAAACCCAUGCACAGAUCAAGAACAAUGGAAGGGAGAUGGAAACUUCUGCAUCCGCCUCUGUGGCAGUUGCACCACUUUCUGAGAAGCGUUUCAUUUAACAACUCUGCUGGUGAAAAAGUUUCUUUUGAUGAAAGUGGUUCAUUAAUAGCAGGAUUUGAUAUUAUAAAUUGGGUCACAUUCUCAAACCAGUCCUUUCGGAGAGUAAGAGUUGGCAAAAUAGAACCCGUGGCUUUUCCAAAGGAAAAGGAAGACUUCACCAUUCAUGCAGAAGACAUUCAGUGGCCCAAGCGAUUCAAUCAGACAAAGCCUCUUUCUCUAUGUAACAAUAUGUGCCAAAUGGGGACUAGUAAGGCAAAGAAAGAAGGGAAGCCAUUUUGUUGCUAUGAUUGCUUUCCAUGUCCAGAAGGGAAAAUUGCAGAGCAGAAGGAUAUGGAUGUCUGCAUUCAAUGUCCAGAUGUUCAUUAUCCGAACCCCACCCAGGUUUUAUGCAUUCCAAAGAGUAAAACCUACUUGUCCUAUGGAGAACCCUUGGGAAUCACUUUGGCCAGUUUUGCUCUUUCCUCGACUUUCCUCUCUGCUUUCAUUCUAGGCAUCUUUGUUAAAUACCAUGACACUCCCAUUGUCAAAGCCAACAACCGGAACCUGACCUAUACUCUCCUCAUUUCACUCCUCUUCUCCUUCCUCUGUGCUCUCCUCUUCAUUGGCCACCCAGAGAAGCUGACCUGCCUCAUUCGACAAACUGCUUUUGGCAUCAUCUUCUCAGCGGCAGUUUCUUGCAUCUUGGCCAAAACCAUCAUAGUGGUCCUCGCAUUUACUGCUAUCAAACCAGGGUCCAGGAUGAAGAAGUGGGUGGGCAGACAAUUGGCCAAAUCCAUUGUUCUUUCCUCCUCACUAAUUCAAAUCACCAUUUGCACUGUGUGGCUGGUAAUCUUUCCCCCAUUUCCAGAUGUUGACAUGAAUUCAAUGACAGCAGAAAUUAUUGUGGAAUGUAAUGAAGGUUCAACAUUCAUGUUCUACUGUGUUUUGGGAUUUAUGGGUUUCCUGGCCAUUGUCAGCUUUGUUGUGGCUUUUCUGGCCAGGAGUUUGCCUGACACAUUUAAUGAAGCUAAGUUUAUUACCUUCAGCAUGUUGCUGUUUUGCAGCGUUUGGAUGUCAUUUGUUCCAACUUACCUGAGUACCAAGGGAAAGUACAUGGUAGCUGUGGAGAUCUUCUGCAUUUUGGCCUCCAGUUUAGGGAUACUGGGCUGCAUCUUUUUCCCCAAAUGCUAUAUCAUUUUGCUGAAGCCAAAUCUUAACACGAGGGAGCAGCUAACAAGAAAAAAAUAA